AUGAUCUCCUCACGCUACAACAGAAUCAUCAUCCUUUUCACCCUACUCAUCUUUACUUUCGCAAACAUUGCUCAAGGAACGUUCUCUAUCAGUCUGCCUCAGAUAAUUACAAGCGAAGGUCUAGCCAAUCAAACUCCAGUCAAUCCAACUGGAACAAGCAGUUCUCACCUCCUCUCCCACUUUUCACACAGUUCCAGUACCACUACUUGGACAUCCGCAUCCUCAACCUAUACUCAAACUCUGCCUGGUUGCUGCUUUCGGAGCAAUGGAAUUCCAGGAUCAUGCGAGACUCAAUCCACGUGUAAACCCCAAAGAGGAAGUCCAGCAACGUCAACUACAGUACCGACUUCAAAUCCUACCAUAUUCGCAACUUCGAGUCCUAAUCCAAGUCCAAGCCCAAGUCAUAGUUCAGGACAGCGGAGCGUGCAGUGA